AUGGCAGAAGCAGGAAGUGGAUGUGCCGAUGAAGAGGAGAAACAGGAAGUGGAUUUGGGCAGCGGCCUCUGCAAGUGGUUCAAUACAAGGUUGGGGUUCGGCUUCCUGACCAUGAGCAGCCGGGACGGGGCCCUUCUGCAGGAGCCGCAGGACGUGUUCGUGCACCAGAGCAAACUUCACAUGGAGGGUUUCCGCAGUCUCAGAGAAGGAGAAGCUGUCGAGUUCACCUUCAAGAAAUCCACCAGAGGUCUGGAGUCUGUGCGGGUCACCGGCCCAAACGGAGCCCCGUGUCUGGGCAGCGAGAGGAGGCCGAACAGGAGCCAGAAACGGGGAUCCAGAGGGGACAGAUGCUAUAACUGUGGUGCCCCCGGCCAUCACGCCAAGCAGUGUCAGCUGCCUCCUCAGCCCAAGAAGUGCCACAUCUGUCAGAGCCUGGACCACAUGGUGUCCAGCUGUCCAAUCAGAGCGCAGCAGCAUCUGUCUGCAGGAACAUCAGCCUCACACAGGGGAGAGGAAGAGGAGCAACACCAUAAUCCUUCAGUCAUCCCAAAGGGGGGACAUUUACAUUGUUACAGCUGUAUAAAUAGAGACGAUAUAUGA